CGUCAUGGGAAAUAUUAGCCACUAAACCGGGCGGUAGUCUUUAAAAGCAUACAAACGGGUAGUCUCUCGUGUUGGGUACGAUUUCUUGACAAUUUUCUGGUUUAUCGUGCUCGGAGAUGGAGUCCGCGGAACCGGCCGAAGUUCAGAAAAUUCGUGCGCACUAUGACAAAGCGCUACAAUGCCUCAAAACAGGGCUUCAAUACGAUGAGAUGGGAAAUAAAGCACAAGCUCUCAUUAUGUACAGACGGGGCAGUCAGCAUCUUGCCAGUGGGCUGGAGGUUAACACCCAGGGCAACCGCUGCGUCGGACCCAGCUGGGACUUUGCGCGGCAGAUGCAGCUGAAGAUGAACAAGACCUUGAGCACCAUCAAAACUCGUUUAACGUCGCUGGAGUCUACACCGACCCAGGGUCAGCGACUUUAUCCGACUCUUCCUGUCCUACAGGACCCCCAGCCUCUACCUAACACCAGAAGGCAUCUACCAGGCAACCAGAUGUCAAGUUCAGGAGGGGUCCCUGCUCUUCCUGCCUCACCUGUGGUGGGUCUUGCUGUUUCUAGUGAGCUUCCACCAGCCUACACCCAACAACCCACAGAGGGACAUUUGUCAAUCACUCAUUGAGGGUCAUAUCAAUCUGUUCCGAACCAGAUACUCCAACGUCAGGCUGUUGCCCCUGUUAAUCUCAGAGAGGCUGGAAUGGAGAUUUUGUUGUUGCCCAGUGGGGUGCAGAUGUUUUUUGUGUCUGCUGAGGGCCAUGUCAGUGCCCCCUCUUAUCCAGGGUACCUGCGACUUAUCUCAUACAGGAACCAGAAUGCUCACGGCGGUGCCAGCUAUGCCCCAGCAUACCUACAGGUAUGUGAUUGGAUCUACCCGCUGUACCCAGACUCGCCUGUUUUUCUGAGCAACAAAGGUGUGUUUACAUUUCCUGACAUCACAGCAGCAGUACCGGGGUCGUACGUGGGGGUGGUGCUGUCCUCAGAAUUGCCCGCAGCAGAUAGAUCUUUAUUUCAGGAGCAACUGUCAUUGCUGGCACAACUCAGAGUCCAGGUUGAUGGUGGAUCAGUUGGAGCCACAGGGACAGACAAAAAGGUUCCUAUUGGUGCUCCUUCAGAAGCAUCUGUAGCACCAGAAGGGGAGGAUAAAACUAUUCCUGGUUGGAGUGAAAAAAUGUCACAGAGCAUUUUAGCAGGAACCUCCUGGCUGAGUCAGGGGCUCGUGCGAGGAGCUGAAGCCACAAGUAAAGCCAUCCAUAAAGGAGGGACCCUGGUACGAGAAAACACAACUCCAGAAGAGACCCCAGCGGAGGUCAGCCCCACGGUUACCAAAAGCCUAAAUGCUGCCAGACAGGCAACCGGUGGUGCUGUGAAAGUCAGCCAGUAUCUAGUGGAUGGUGUUGCUACUGUGGCUGGUAAAGUUGGGAAGGAACUUGCGCCUCACAUAAAAAACUACGGCAACAAACUUAUUCCAGAAACCCUCAAGAAAAAUAAAGAUGGCACGUCCACAGUGGACGGAGCCAAACUAGUGGCAGGAAGCAGCAUACAAGGUUUAUCCAAUGUCUGGUCCAGUCUGGAGACGGCAGGCAAAACGAUCGGCAAAAGUUUAACUUCGGAAACCGUCUCUACUGUGAGGCACAAAUUUAGGGGUCUGGGAAACCUUUCGGGCCCCCCUAGCAGCAUAUAAACGGUGGCGGGUAAAAUCACAUUUUUUUCCUGCUAAUGCUCUCUGCCAAGUUCUAACCUACCCACAACUGGUGCCUAUUUUUGUUGUCUGUCAUGGUGUUUCAUGAAUUAAACCUGAGAUAAAGACAACAUUAUAUCUGUCUUGGUCUGCUUAUGUCAUUUCAUUUAUCAUCAUUUUUUUGCACACAAAACAUUUAUGGUGUUUUCACAUAUAGUUUGUUUUAAAAGAACCAAACCCAGUUCACUUAAAGUGAUCCAGAAAGUGAUCUAGCCCAACGUGAUCUCAGUCCUUUUGGUGUUCACAUCAUAGUGGACUCAAAAGAGAACUCUGUCCUUUUUUGGUCCUCUUUGGAAUUAAAGUGAUCUCGGACCCUUUCCUGUUCACAUCUUCAUGAGCCCUUAGUAUCAGUUGUCGCCGUUUAAACUGUUAAACAGUUCAUAUUAGUCCUGUCUAGAGCUAUCCGUUUAGACCGUCUCAUUGUUUG